UGUAAAAUAUUAAAACUAAAAUUAAAAAAAAGCUAUUUUGUAAAAAUAUAUGUUUAAUCUUCCCUGACCAGAACUCUCUGUAUUAUGUUGGGGUGUAUUAGACGUUUGCUCCAUUCCAUGUAUUAGUGAGAGCUUUAUUAAACACAGUUUAAGCAGUUUAGUGAGGAACUUUAGCCGGCUCAAACAUUUUUGCUCUGUCGUCUGUAAAUUGCAAUUCUAUUUUCCCCAAAUGUUUAAUUCUCUGUUUUUUUUGUUUUUUCCUUCUAGAUUGGAAGUAAAAGUGAGCCUAGCAUUCACAUGUCCACACUUCACCGCCCGUUAGAAUGUUCUUGAAGAAUGUUCCACCUGUGGUUGCACUGCAGACAGAAUGGAGGCCUUACGGGCCAAUCAGAACCUUUAGCCUUCCUAUAUGCUUCACUGACUCUGAAAGUGAAUUAUCAACCACUGGCACACCGAUCCCAGAUAAGGUCCAUAUGAUCAUAGAAAGCCUGAGAAGCACUCAAUCCUCUAUUGAUAUGAACAAUGACUACAAUGACAGUAUGCAGGGAAAUCAUGUCAGAGCGAAAUGCUCUGGUGGGCCAACAGGUCGUGAAACACAAGAGGUGAGUGAGAAGAAAGCCAUGGAAGACGCCAAGCCAGCCCUGCUUUCUAAUUCGGACACAGCAGAAUCUCUGGAUCAAGAUUCCGAUAGUGAUGACUCCGUGGACAGAGACAUAGAAGAGGCCAUUCAAGAAUAUUUAAAAAAGAAAAAUGAUUACAGAGCCCAGUCCAUGCAAAAUAAUGCCCCAUGUGACAAAAUGGUUAACCGAAACAGUGUGGUUAUUAGGGACCGUGCUCCUAAGAAAAUUGAAAGUGCCGUUCUUCCAGUUAACGCUGCUAAAAAGAAGGAGGAACCAAGAGAUCGCCUAAGAUUAAAUGCCAGUAAGAGACCAAGGUGCUCCUCAUCUUCCAGUGCAAGCAGUGAUGAUUCUUUUGACCAAAGUAUUCAGGAAGAAAUCAAACGCUUUUUGACUGAAAAGAAGGAACAUGCAGGGGAAACGCACAUCUCCAAAAAGCCAAAAUCCACACCGCCUCCUGUUAAAAAUGAGAAACCAUCAGCUGAAGUUUCUUUGCACUUUAAAAAAAAUGCUAUCAACAGAACCUUUGUAUCUAGCAAUACUGCUGCCACUCAGACUACAAGAGGUCCCAGUGACAAUUUUCAGGUAUUUUGCAAAGUGGAAGAUAACUUGUCAGAUUCCAGCAGCGAUGAUGGAAUUGAAGAAGCUAUUCAGCGUUACCAGCUAGAGAAACAGAAAGAGGGAGACUUAUUCAAGUUCUCAGGAUCAACACAAACCCAGCCCAGUUUGGAUUUGUGUGCAGCUCCUAUAGUUAAGCAUCAGAAGAUAUUGAGCAGGAAAAAGAAACGGAGUGGUUCCAAACCUGCAGCGUCAACACACAACAUAAGCAAAGACCUGGACAUGGAGGAAGCCAGAGGAAAUGUUUUUCCUUCACCUGAGAUGAUCAGAUUUGAGCCUACGCUUCCUCUGAAGGGAAAUACAUCUGCUGAACUGAUGUGUGCAGAGGCCAUUUUGGACAUUUCCAAAGCAGUGCUGCCAGCCACAAUUCAACCUAGUAUAAUUGUUACAAAAGCCUGCACAAACACCAGUCCGCUUCCCUCGGGAGAUGUGCCUUAUUGCUUGGAGAACAGUGACAGCAGUUCAGUGGACAGUGACGACGGCAUAGAACAGGAGAUCCGUAAUUUCCUGGCACUUAAGGCGCAAAUGAACAGUCAGCCAGCCAGCACUGGCAGCCUUGUACACAAACAGGAAAACAUUUGUGCACUGCAGCAGAAGAAGCUCCCCCCUUCCCAAAAAAAGAAACUAAGCCUCUCUCUUUCACGUAAAAGAAAACUCAAAGAAGUGGAAAGUGUCGCACGAGAAGGAGUGGCACAAGAAAACCACAUAAAAGAACAACGGCAAGUAGAGCCUGUUGCAGCGUCUGAUGGAAGCAGCGGUGCCACACUUCAGACCACAAGUACAUCUGCAGAGUUGAACGAAGCUCCUGAUAUGCCUAACAGAGAAGUUGAUGUGGACCAUCAGUAUAACUCAGUUAAACCAAUGGAGAUCAAUAGUUCAGGCACUCCUGGGAAACUUGGGAAGGAAUCCAUGCAGUUUGAGGACACAGAAAGGGAACAAACUGGCGAUAAGAGCAGCUCACUGGACAGCGAUGAAGACCUGGAUUCUGCUAUCAAGGAACUUCUAAAAACAAAGCGGAAAGUAAAAAAGAAGACUAAGGAUUCAAAGGCGAAAUGUAAGAAACGUGUUAGCUUUGGAGGUGUAGAAAUGUAUCCAGUGGACAGCCUAGAGACUGUAAAGCACAAAUCUGUCACUGAGCUUCCACCAGGUGCUAACCAAAGCAGUCCCAAAAGCUACAUUUCAAAAAGUAGCAGUAGGAAUCUAAAUCAGAAAUUGAGAAGGAGUAAUUUAAAAAACGAAAAGAAGUCUAAAGCUUCUGAUCAGUCUAAGCAUGUUCCUGGAUCAAAAGGACAAAGCACUCUUGACAACUCUGUAACUGGCAAGGAUCAUAAGGUAACGGGGCCCAUGGAGCGCAUUGUUGAAGAUACCAGUUCAGUGGAUAGUGACGAUAGCAUUGAGCUAGAAAUCAGGAAGUUUUUGGCUGAGAAGGCAAAGGCAUCUGCAAUGGCCAGCAAGCAUAAAGAGGAACAGAAAGAAACCUGCAGCAGAAUAUCCAGUGAGGCGAGGGAAUUAAAGUUGGAACCUGAGCAUGCUCAGCAGAUUGGAAUCUCAGCAAGUGUUGGGCUUCACAGUGGACAGAGCAACCAAGUACAGCCUGGCAGUGAGUCUGACCAAAUUAGUGCUACAGAUUCCCAGGAAUUCAUUGUGCGGUCAGCUGAAAAGAAACCACAAGUCACUGUGGCUUUAGGCAAAAAUGCAACUGUUAGUCACUGGGUAAAAAAUGUGGAUGAGGCCCUGCAAAGACACAGCUUUGAGAAAAAGAGCUCUCCAAAAAGCACCAGAGACAGUUUGAGGAGUACUUCAGCUGAGCAGAGAGGUCUUGCAGAUUCAAGCCUCACCACUGCAGAAAACAACAUUGCAGAUUUGAAGGAUGUGGACCUGAACUCCAAUUCACAGGCUUGCCAGGAAACACUGGCAUCAGUUGGAGAAGAAACAUUCCAGAUCAGAGCUGUAAUUUCUAGUGAUGUUGAGGGGGGACAGCAGCAGAAAACGUCCAGCGAUUCCAGUUUAGGUUCAUGCAAUCAUCAUGGAAAAGUCAGGCAGUCAGAUAAGUUUAGACACCAUGUCCCAGCUGAUGAUGACGUUGGCGCCAGGAGUUUAAAGUCAGGGUGUGAGAAGGGGGAAGAAGUAGAAAAUCGAGAGAGAGAGUUUUCCAGUGCGGAUGUGAAAUCAGUCUAUUCAAAACACUCCAGUGUGGGACAUAUGUCCCCGGAAAAGAGACAGACAAGAGAGACAGACAGUGUUAGUUUACAAAGCUCAGUUGUGGAAAAUACAGAAUCCAAUGUGAUGAAACAACCAGUAAAUGCUGUGCAGUUCACUAGACCCAGGCAAGGAAGAGCUGAGGACAGUGAGGACCAUUUGUCUGACAAAGGGCUUUACAGCUCAGAAAGCAAAAAGAAAGCUAGAGAGUGUAACACUGAAGAACAAGAGGCAGGAGAUGUAGGCUUAGAUGAGACUUGCCUGGAAUCAGAUGAUGACCAAAGUGAGAUAGUUGCAAGGGAGAGAUUAAAAGGGAAUGGAAAGCAGUCUACUUUGUGAGUAUAGCUUAUAACUUUUUUUCUGUUUUGGAGUUUAAUGACUGAUUUAAUGUGCCACAGAAAUUCCAAUAGUUUGAUAGGUUGCAAGGGAUUCCAGAAUUGUUUGAUCCAGAAGGUGAGCACAGUGAAAUACUAGUGCAAAGUGCAAAAAAAAAAAAAAAAAAAAAAAAAAACAUAUUUUU